AGUCGGGUUCCGUUACGAGAAAUUGUCAACAAGCUGCCGCAUUGGGAUCAGAUUGUUCUUUUUCUGUUCCAUCUUGUAUCUCACACAUUGGGUCCACCAUGAGUGCCCAGCAGUUCUACCAAGGCGGUAACGACAAGCAAGGACAGCCACAACAGCAGUAUGCUCCUCCACCAGGCGGCCCGCCUCAGGACUACAACAACCAGCAGCAAUAUGCCCCUCCCCAGGGCCAGGCGAACUACAACAUGAAGGGCUCUCAGCCAUACGCCCAGACCAACCCCGAAACUGGCGGUCAGCCCAACUACCAGAAUGGCGACACUGCGCCCUUUUCCCAGGCGGAUGAAAAGACUGGCCAGAGGCUGAACCCUAGAAAGCGGUUGAACGACCCUAUAUUCUUGGUCUUGUUCUUGGCCGCCAUCGCUGGGUUUGCUGUCGUCUCUGGUAUCGCCAUCAACAGCUUUAUCAAGGUGAAUGGGCUGGGAGGGGGUUUGGGGAGCAGCAGCUCGGGACAAACAGGUUCAAGCACGACCCUGGAUUAGUGAGUGAACGCCAAGAAGACAUCUGUCGCUUGGGUGCUUUCGAUUCUCAUCAGUCAACAGCCACACUGUCUACAUUCUUCUCGUCGUUACCGGCUUGGGUCUCUUUAUCGCUGCAGUGUACCUUUUUAUGUUGAGGACGUUUACGAAAAUCAUCCUUGAAGUGACUUUGGCUUUGACUGUGCUGCUCAAUAUUGGUAUCUGCAUCUACUACUUUAUCAUCAAAUACUGGUCCGGCGCCAUCAUCUUCCUCGUCAUUGCCCUCCUCUCUAUCUUCUUCUACUGGGGCAUGCGCAAGAGGAUCCCUCUCGCCAAGCUGCUACUCCAAACCACCAUCGACGUCACCAAGCACCACCCUUCAGUCUACCUCGUCGUUUUUAUCGGUCUCCUUGUUCAAGCUGCUAUUUCAGUAUGGUACACUUUUACCUGUAUCGCCAUCUACGUCAAGUGGACUCCGGGUAGCGAGGCAUGCUCUACCGGCUGCUCCUCCAGCAAAGUCGCCGGCCUCAUCUUCUACUCUACCUUCGCCUACCUCUGGAUGUCCCAAGUCCUCGGCAACGUCAUCCUCGCCACCCUCGCCGGCGGUGUUUUUGGCGGCUGGUACUAUUACGGUCCUCGAAACCAAUGGGGAGGCGUACCAAAGCAAGCGAGUUUGAAGGCGUUUGUGAGGGCGACGACGCUGUCGUUGGGUAGUAUUGCUUUUGGAAGUUUGUUGGUCACGUUGUUGGAGCUUUUGAGGUUGAUUUUGCAGAUCUUCCAGCAGUACGAGUCUGGGCAGGGUGAUAGUGAGUGCAUUGGUUGUGUGUUGAUGAUUGUGUUGAUGGAUGCAGUGAUCGGCGCGGCUUUGAUCUGUGUUGCUCAAUGUUGUGUCGGGUGUAUCGAGUGGCUCAUUGCCUACUUCAACAAAUAUGCUUACAUCGAAAUCGCCCUUUAUGGCAAGUCGUACAUUCCUGCUGCCAAGGACACCUGGAGACUCCUCAAGGACCGCGGAAUCGACGCCCUCGUCAAUGACUCCCUCGUCGGCACUGCUCUCAUGUGGGGCGCCUACAUUAACGGAUUCCUCUGCGGCGUCCUUGGCUACUUGUAUCUCAAAUUCACCAACCCGUCCUACAACUCUGGCGGCCAGUACUCUGCCCCCGUCAUCCUCUUCUCCUUCCUCAUCGGUCUCACCGAGUCCAACGCCAUCAGCGCCGCCAUCGAUGCGGGUGUAUCGACCAUCUUUGUGGGACUGGGCGAGGACCCGAUGGUGUUGGCGGAGCGAAGCCCGGGAUUGUUUGAGAUGAUCAGGCAGGCUUACCCCCGGGUUCUCCAAGGGGUUCCCGGCAGGACCUAAUUCAGGCAGAAUGAGCUUUCAGCUAGCCCAAGGACAUUCAUAACAACACUAUAAUAAUGCAUA